CCCGCCAUAUCACACUUCCGAAGACAAAGAAGAAGAAGCAAAAAAUGUUAGUUCGUCUAGAGCCCUCCAACCCCACAACUUGGUUGUCGUCACUUUCCCUAGAAAAGCUCGUAAAAUCUCGGAAAAACCUCUCCAGAAACCCACCAAGACUUUGGACAACCCAAAACGACGACGAACCCGACGAACUAGACGACCGAGGACUGCCCAUCUUCAAGCUAAGCCACCCUCUCAUCCGAGCCUUGGACUCUUGCCAUGGCCUCAGACACUUCAACCAGGUAAACGCUCAGCUCAUUAUCUCCGGUCUUUUCCACAAUUCUCUCGCCGCGAGCCGAGCCAUUAAGAUGCUCUGCUCGUUUCCCGAGACACUCUCUCAUGCCGUUUACGUGUUUGGUAAGAUUAACGAACCGGACGCUUUCCUUUGCAAUGUUAUAAUGAGAAGCUAUGUGAAUUUGAAUGACCCACAUGGUGCUUUGAGCUUCUACUAUGAGAAGAUGGUUGGCGAAUCUGUAGUUCAUAAUCAUUUUACUUUUCCGAUUUUGGUGAAGGCGUGCGCGGGUAUUGUGUCGGUGAGGGAAGGAGGGAAGGCUCAUUCUAAGGUUGUGAGAUUCGGGUUUGGUUCGGAUUUGUUUGUUCGGAACUCGUUGAUUCAUAUGUACUCUGUCUGUGGGAGCGUUGGGGAUGCUCGUAAGGUGUUUGAUGAAAUGCCGGAGUUGGAUUUGGUGAGUUGGAACUCGAUGAUUCACGGGUAUGUCAAGAAUGGAGAGGUCGACGUUGCGCGUAAGCUUUUUGAGGUAAUGCCCAAGAGAGACGCUUUUAGUUGGAACACUUUGGUUAUGGGUUAUGUGGAGAAGGGAAAUAUGGAAGCUGCAAAAUUGUUGUUUGAUAUCAUUCCUGAUAAAGAUGUUGUGUCUUGGAACUGUAUGAUUGAUGGGUAUGCAAGGACGGGUAAUGUUUCUGCCGCUUGUGAGUUUUUUAAUGGGAUGCCGUUACGGAACAUAGUGUCGUGGAACACAAUGUUGGCUCUUUACGUUCGAAGCAAGGAUUAUAGUGAGUGUUUGAGAUUGUUUGAUAAGAUGUUAGAAGCAGGAGAGACAAAACCAAAUGAGGCUACUCUAGUGAGUGUCCUCACCGCAUCUGCAAACUUUGGAAGGCUUGACGCGGGCAAGUGGGUUCAUUCGUAUAUUGAAUCGAAAAUGAUUAAACCUGACGUGUUACUUUCAACUGCUCUCUUGUCAAUGUACGCAAAAUGUGGAGAUAUGGACAUGGCUAGGAGUGUCUUUGAUGAGAUGACCGAGAGGAGUGUUGUGUCGUGGAAUUCCAUGAUCAUGGGAUAUGGUAUGCACGGGAAUGGAGAAAAGGCACUAGAAAUUUUCUUAAAGAUGGAAAAGCGAGGCCCUGUGCCAAAUGAUGCUACUUUUGUUUGCGUUUUGUCUGCAUGUACACAUUCAGGAAUGGUUUUGGAAGGUUGGUGGUACUUUGAUCUUAUGCAACGAGUUUACAAGAUUGAACCGAAGAUUGAACACUACGGUUGCAUGGUUGAUCUUCUUGCCCGGGCUGGUUUGGUGAAAGGUUCAGAAGAACUUAUUAAGAAGAUGCCAGUGGAGGCGGGACCUCCCUUAUGGGGAUCCUUACUUUCUGCUUGUAGAAACUACACAAAUUCAGAAAUUGGCGAAAUUGUGGCUAAGCGGCUAAUUGAGUUGGAACCAAGGGAUAUUGGACCUUAUAUAAUGUUAUCUAAUAUAUAUGCAUCAGAAGGGAAAUGGGAUGAUGUUGAGCGUGUAAGGAAGAUGAUAAAAGAAAAUGGGUUGCAAAAAGAAGAAGGGAGAAGCACAGUUCAUCUUGGAGAAUUUGGAUCUGAGUUCUACUUCGAUAAUGGUUCAACUCAUAGGAGAAGGAUGAUGUACUCAAUGUUGGGUGAAAUAGGUACUAAGAUGAAGUAUUCUUAUGGAGAUUCUUAUUUGGAAGAGAGUUAGAAUACUUAAUGAAUAGGAAAAUGCUUUUUAGGAAGAUCAUAUCAAAAUUAGUAUUCAAGCAUAUUAUAUGCUUGCAGUAAUAAUUUCUGCUGUCAAAAUACACUGAAGGGCAAAUUUCAUAAAAGGGAGGGAGUAUAGCUGGUCAAAUAAGCUAUAUGCAGGUCAAACAAGUUUUUGGCCGCCGAUAUUGCACGGUGACAGAAUUACAAAUACCCACUUGCGAUACUGGAGAGAAAACUAUGGCAUUGAACAGAAAAACGAGUUUCAUUGAUUUUUUCUAACUCAUGCUUGCUUUUCAAUCCUUGAAGGAUUAAGUGCUGAUAAAUUGGUGUUGUAUUUUUUUUGCUUUUGAUAAUGUAUAGCAUUAUAAUUAAUCCCCUUAGUUUAUAUUGA